CAAAGUUGAAGAAAAAUUUCCUGAAAAAAAAUGAGCACCAGUCAUCUGAUUAUGCUCAAAUGGGUGCAUCGGUUGGGCCAUGAUAAAACAGGUCUUUAAGCAAUCAGUUACAUAAAUUUUUCGGCAUCAUUUUUCUGUUCUUUUCUCUUUUCCUCUUAUUUUUUCCACGGAUAAACCUCCCAACUCUCUCAACUUCAACAAUUAUUCUGACAAAUUUUUACACUGAAAGAUGAUAUAACAGCACAAACACGUUGAUGCAGUAGUUGCAUCUAUGAUGCAGUAAGCUAUAUCUAUGAUGCAAUAGAUUUCAAACAGUACAUUUUAACUCAAAAUGGAACUGGUUUUCCAAUGAUUUUUACUGUCCUGUAAUAAAACAAAGAACAUGACAAGAUAUGUCCAUACCAGUGAGAAGAGCAAGACCAAAAGUACCCCCAACGUACUUUAGGGAGGUGUUUAGCAAACUAUAUAAAGAAGAUUUUCGCAGGUUUCUCUUGAAAAAUAGAUCUGUUGAACCACUACAGUUCCUUGAUAUGGUUUCUGACAUAAACAAGAUACGAGACAAAACGUUUCAACAAUACAGAGUUAACCAAAUUUGGAAGAAAUUUUUUAGAACUGGAAACGGUAAUGCCUUGCAGUGCUCGGACAGAAUAAUUGAUCUAUUGUCUGCAACUGAACAUGUGACUGCACCAUUCUUGAAAGCAGCCUACCCUAUAGUCCUUAAAGCCUUAGAAAAUAACUGGUUCAAGAAAUAUGAAGAAAGUUUCUACCAAACCAAAACUUCAUUCGAACAAUCUCUGAAGUAUCCAAAAUUUGAACUCCUAAUGUCCUUCAAAAGAGCAUGGAAGAAAAACAAUUCUAGUAACAUUCUUAGGAAAAUAGCUUAUUUGCAUACUGAAAUCAGAAAAUAUAGUCUAUCUUCUACACUCACAGACUAUAUAGAAUGCUUAUAUCAAGAACAACUACGAGAUAUUCAAGAAAUAAAUGAAGAAAAGUUGAACAGAAGAAGAAUAAGUCAUCUGAAGCCCAGAUUAAAGUAUUUAAAAUUGUCAGAGUAUCAAAUAUUGAAAAUUAGAGUGAAUUUCUUUAUUGAGGCAUUAAGUUAUAAGAAAGCAUUUCAAAAUUACAAAAAGUGUUGCUAUUUACCAGUUGAAAAACGACGAAUGAAGAUUAAAGUAAUAAACAUAAUUAAGAAGUUCCUCAGUACAGAAAAUGUUAUAUAUUCAGCCUUAAAUGUCCCACCAACUUUACUGUCUGAAGCAAUAAUGAAAUUUAAGAGAGAAGGCAUUUCACAUGGACUGUUUCAUAGUUUAGCACUUGCAGUCUUUCCAUCAAUUUAUAAAGCUUGGGAUCUCAUGCAUCUAGAACAAAAUGCAUGUGGUGGAAGAGAAAGAUUUAAAACAAAAUUGCAAAUAAGGCUAAAAAUAAUUCAAAAUGACAUUACAAGACAACACAUGUUUUUUAAACAUGAACUUCCUUCAUUUGUGCAAGACAAAACAUAA